GCGGAUGACGGUCAGUCAACAAAACUUUGUAAUUCGACCGAAACUUACGGACGGCUCGUAUCGCGCGUUACGCUGUGAAAGUCACCGUUUUCCUACAGAAUUCGGUAAACAAAAGUUUCCUCGACGCGCUGCACAUUUUUCCAAGAAAACGUGCGAGCGAAUUUCUAAGAAAUUGAACGGUGUUGCCAGGUGUUACCAGGUGAAUGUGACCGUUUUGUGCUGCGUUACCUGGACUCACCUGAAGGGACAGCCGUGCGGCGGAUCGCAUUAAAAUCCGAAAGCUUCGCAUCUUUUUAUACAGUGUGACCGUCGAAGAACGGCCCGUUCCAGUUACCGUGAAUUCAAGUGCAGUGACAGUUGCGUAUGAAAAUUUUGAAUAUACAUUAUUCAGCAGUCGAGCGAUCGUCUCGUUACACGCGAUGUCCCAGUAUCUGUAAUCUCAUUCCGAAUGCCGUGAUUUCGUUAGAAAUUCGUUGAACAUUCCGAAACGCGUUUCCUCUCGUUCCUCCUGUAAAUUCGCACGCGUCGCGGCACGUUGCAGGAUGUUUCACGCGCGUUCGUAUAGGUACGCGAUCAUGAGAAAGAAGUGCGAAACGCGGCGGUGAGUCGUAGGGAGACGUGUCGGACACCGAGUAAAAUGUAAUUUGGCGAGGGAAGUCUUUGGACUUGGUGCGUCGAUCCGAAAGUAAGAGAAAGAAAAAGGGAAAGAGCCGCCGAUAAUACGGGAAUCGAAUGGAAAAUUGCACGGAUGCUACGUGAUCGUCGGGUUCCACGAAAGAAGGAGGGACUGCGAGCAAGAGGAAUGUUGUCUCACAGGUGUACGUCGUAAUGCUCUUCCGUUACGCCUACCGAAAGAAAACGUAACCGAGGCUGGAUCUCGCCGCGAGGGACUCGAAAAUGCGGAGAGCGUUCAGGAAUCGUCGCUGCUCGUUCGCGUGAUUCUCGAUCGCGGAUUGUAUGACGUUUUCGUUGCGAAGUGCGAGGGAAGUGGAACCGACAGAGCGGAUAGGUCAGAAAUUCACCGAGUAACAUGGAGAUGCAGUGGAGAAAUGCGGUGGCGGACCUGUCGACCUUCCUGAGCACGAGGACGCGAAUUCUGUUUGCCGCUGUCUAUUUCAUCUGGAUCGCUGGCAGCGCCUGCGCCACUGAGACGCUCGAAGAGCCGCGGUUCACCAGCCAGCCUUCCAGCAGCGGCAACAUUCUCAGCGAGAAUCGAACGAAAUUUAUGGAGUGUACAGCGAUAGGAUACCCUCAGCCGAAGUACAAGUGGUUCAAAGAUGGCGUGCCGCUUACCAACGAGCUUACCUCCGAGCCUUACUUCCGAAUACAGAGCACACGCAGGGAGGACGCAGGAGUCUAUCACUGCGUGGCCACGAACGACGUGGGAUCUAUAUUUAGCGAAAGGAUUACAUUUGCGGUAGCCUAUAUGGGGGUGUUCGAGGAUCUCACGGAGAGGAUAGUGUCCGUAAAAUCUGGCAGCGCAGCUGUUCUAACUUUGCCACCGGUUGAAAGUCACCCUGCGCCCGCCGUCACGUGGUUCACGUCCGAUGGAUCAUUGCUCUACGGCAUCAAAUAUGCGGCGGUCGAUCAUACGCUGCUCAUCUUGAACGCGUCCGACAGCGACCAAGGCUUGUACAGGGCCAGAGCCAUCAACACGCAAUUAGGGAAGGAAGAGAACAGUCCGUUCUUCAAGUUGCAAGUGACCGGCGACGCGAACGCAGAAGUAGCGCCCACCAUCAUAGUGAAACCGCAAGAUAUGCAGAUACUUAAGAAUCAAGCUGUUACUUACAUUCAUUGUAUAGCGAACGCUAGAUCGCUUCACGAGUUGAGAACUUUGUGGACAAAGGACGGGAUUCCCAUUGAGAACUCUGGGAUAUCGUACAGCUUUAACGACUCUUGGAACAGGACUUUAGCGUUAAUAUCUGCGAAUGUGACUUAUACCGGUGUUUACUCCUGUCACGUGGAUUUACGGAGCGGCGGAUACCCUACUGUGAAUGCUAGUGCAAAAAUUGUUGUGUAUGAGAAGCCAACGUUCGUCGCAGAAUUGAAGAGAGAGACUCUGAGCGAUUACGGCUCGAUGGUAACUUUACCGUGCGAUGCUAUUGGCGUUCCUUCCCCUAACAUCACCUGGUUUCGCAAUGCUGAGCCCGUCGAUCAUCUUCUUGGAUCUAGGUACGCGAUGGACGAAGAUGGAUCGUUGACUAUUAAAAAAUUGACUAUGCAUGAUUCGGGAAUGUUUCAAUGCCUCGCUUCUAACGAAGCCGGCGAAGCAUCCAGUUACACCUGGUUGAAGGCAAAAACGUCGGGACCAAUUAUGGAAAAUGGUCCGCAGAAUCUGACUAUAUUAGAUGGGAAGGACGCAACGUUAGCCUGCAACGCUAUAGCAGCUCCAAUACCUAAUACUACAUGGAUUUACAACGAUACGUCUCCCGUGGAAAUCGCUGGAAGAGUGCAGGUAUUGGAUAACGGGGAUCUCUUGAUUGCCGCGGUGAAACCGAACGACGCAGGGAAGUACACUUGCAUCAGAGCGAACGAAGCUGGUUCUGUAAACGGUUCUGCGUUUCUGUCCGUCUUGGUGCGAACUCAGAUUAUCCAACCACCUGUUGAUACGUCUGUGCUUCUCGGGUACACUGCGGAGCUGCAGUGCAAAGUCUCGAACGACCCCAGUGUUCUGUACGAUAUAGCCUGGUUUCACAAUUCACAAGUUAUAAAUACCCACGCCAGUCAGAGAGUGAAGAUGCGCAGCGAUGGCACACUAGAAAUAGUUGCAGUUCGUGCUUCCGACGUGGGUGAAUACAUGUGCUCGGUGGUUUCCCCCGGCGGAAACGAGACUCGAUCGGCGCGCCUUAGCGUGAUCGAGUUGCCCUUCGCACCAAUCAACGUUAUGGCUAGCCGAGUGGAGAAAAUAUCCCCUCGCACCAUAAACGUUAGUUGGGUUCCAGGGUUCGAUGGCAACAGUCCGACCAGAAAAUUCAUAAUCCAGAGGAGAGAGGUCUCCGAUCUUGGACCUAUUCCGGACUCCGCUCUGAACUGGAUCACCGAGAACGACAACGUCUCGGCGCAAAGUCGUUGGGUAUUGUUGAACAAUCUGAAGGCAGCUGCCGCCUAUCAGUUCAGAGUGAGCGCGGAGAACAGUGUCGGCGAAGGCCCACCUUCCGAUCCGAGCAAUAUAGUGGCUCUCCCUCAGGAGCCUCCGAGCGGACCGCCAGUGGGAUUCGUCGGCUCCGCUCGAUCGUCUUCGGAGAUAAUAACGCAAUGGCAACUUCCCAUGGAGGAAUAUCGAAACGGCCAUAUUUUAGGAUAUAUAUUGAAGUAUAGAUUGUACGGUUACAACGAAAGUCCCUGGACGAUACAAAACAUCACCAACGAAGCACAAAGAAAUUACCUGAUCACCGAUUUAAUUACAUGGAAGGACUAUAUCGUGCAGAUAGCAGCGUACAACGAUAAAGGCGUCGGGGUAUUCACCGAAGGCUUGAAGAUCAAAACUAAAGAAGGAGUGCCGGAAGCUCCGCCAACCAACGUCAAAGCGAAAGCCAUAAAUUCAACGGCGAUCAAGGUUUGGUGGAAACCACCGAAUCCGCAGAAGAUCAACGGCAUAAACCAGGGUUACAAGCUACAAGCCUGGAUCAGCCAGAAUUUCACCGAGGCGAGCGAAUACAAGUCAAUGACAGUGCCACCUAGCCUGUUCGACCCCCUCGCGGAACAAAGUGCCAUCAUGACUGGACUAAAGAAAUAUACCUUGUACAAUAUAACCGUGCUGUGCUUCACCGAUCCGGGCGACGGCGAGAGAAGUUUACCAGUCAAAAUUCGUACGCGCGAGGACGUGCCCGAGGAGGUGGAGAACUUGCAGUUCGAGGACAUCAGUGAUCGUUCGCUGACAGUCAAAUGGAGUCCUCCUCAAGAGAUCAACGGAAUCCUCGUUUGUUACCAGUUGAAAUACAUGAUCAAGGAUGUAUCGGAAUCGUUGAAAUCCGAUAAUUUCACGGCUGACGUUCUCUCGGCGAAAAUCGAACAUUUGCAGGCAAUGACUCACUACAAGUUCGAAGUCGUUGCUUGGACCUCGGUGGGUCCUGGUAAACCAAAAAUCGCCAUAAUUCAAUCGGGCGUUGAGCCUGUUCUUCCAGAGCCGCCUACUAAAUUGGCAUUGUCUAAUAUAGACGCGUUUUCCGUGGUACUUCAGUUCACGCCAGGAUUUGACGGCAACUCGUCCAUAACGAAAUGGACGGUGCAAGCGCAGACGACUAGAAAUACCACCUGGUACAACAUAUACGAAGUUUCGGAUCCUGAUGCUAGUACAAUUACCGUGGGUAGUCUGAUACCUUUCAUGCAAUAUAAGUUGAGAUUAAUCGCUAACAACGUCGUCGGUUCGUCUCAACCGUCGGAGCCAACGAAGGAGUUCCAGACAAUUCAGGCACCGCCUUCGCAUCCUCCCAGGAACGUUACGGUUCGCGCGAUGAGUGCUACAGAAUUGCGGGUCAGAUGGAUUCCGUUGCAACAGAUAGAAUGGUACGGCAAUCCGAGGGGAUAUAACGUUACUUACACAGAAGUGAGGACGAAUAUAUCUAGAAGUAUAACUAUAGACGAUCACACGGCGAAUUCUUAUGUAUUAGAAAAUAUAGAAGAGUAUGCUCUCUACGAAGUCGUAAUGCAAGCGUUCAACGACGUUGGGUCCUCUACGAUAAGUCCCAAAGCCAUUGAAAGGACUCGAGAAUCAGUUCCUUCGAUGGGGCCCAUCAAUGUAGAAGCAAACGCUACCUCUUCUACAACUAUAUUAGUGAAAUGGGGCGACGUCCCUAUCGAGCAUCAGAACGGGCAAAUAGAAGGUUUUAAAGUUUAUUAUGGUGCAAAUGCUAGAUCUGCAUUCCAGUAUAAAAACAUUCCUAGUAAUACUACUUUCACGACGACUCUGACAGAGCUUAGAAAGUUUGUCCAGUAUCAUGUACAAGUAUUAGCGUAUACAAGACUUGGUGAUGGUACAUUGAGCACCCCUCCAGUUAGAGUACAAACAUUCGAAGAUGCUCCGGGACCACCGUCGAACGUAUCAUUCCCUGACGUAAGCUUCACCACUGCUCGUAUCAUUUGGGACACUCCGGAGGACCCAAAUGGGGAGAUUUUAGCAUACAAGGUCAUGUUCCAUUUAAACAAUAGUCAAGACCAUCAAUUCUCCAAAGAAUUUCCCGCGUCGGAUCGAACCUUCAGGGCUACUAGUUUGGAGCCAGAAAAGUAUUACAUGUUUUCUGUGACAGCGCAAACAAGGCUAGGCUGGGGUAAAACAGCGUAUGCUCUUGUUUUCACUACGAACAACAGGGAACGUCCUCAAGCGCCAUCGAUGCCCCAAGUUAGUCGGUCGCAAGUACAAAGUCGACAAAUAACGUUCACGUGGACGCCUGGUCGCGACGGAUUCGCUCCGUUGCGUUAUUACACGGUGCAACAAUCAGAGAACUCAGGACCGUUCCAGACAAUCCCCGAAAGGGUGGAGCCAACGUUAACGUCUUACACGGCAAACAAUUUGAAACCUUUCACGUUUUACCAGUUCCGAAUACAAGCCACCAACGACAUAGGCCCGUCGACUUGGAGUACAGAAUCUGUACAAGUCCAAACCCUGCCAGCGGCACCUUCCCGAGGUGUCAGUGGUUUGAAAGUCGUACCGAUAACAACCUCUAGUAUAGAGGUCCACUGGAACGCCAUAAACGAAGUGUACUGGAGCGGAGAUCACGAGACAGGCGGCUACCGCGUUAUCUAUCAACCGGUUUCCGAUUUCCCAACUGCUCUUCAGGACACGCCAAAGGAAGAAAUUUUAGGAAUAAAGGCUACAAAAAUCGUGUUAACCGAUUUAACCGAGGAUAGGUAUUACGAGGUAGUCGUACUGCCUUUCAACUCUGAAGGGGAAGGUCCGUCGAGUCCUCCGGUGACCGUGUAUGUUGGAGAAGCAGUUCCUACCGGGGAACCGCAGCAUUUAAAAGCAGAAUCAAUUUCUUCCACGGAAGUGCAUUUACGUUGGAAACCACCGCAAGCUAAUAUGCAAAAUGGAGACUUACUAGGAUACAAGAUCUUUUAUCUGGUAACCGAUUCCCCUCAAGAAUUAGAGAACAAGCAGGAGGAAGAGAUAGAGGUUGUGCCAGCAUCCUACUUAACGCAUAACUUAGUUUUUUUGGAUAAGUACACGGAGUAUCGCAUUCAAGUGUUAGCAUUCAAUCCUGCUGGCGAUGGUCCAAGAUCCCCGCCAAUUACUGUCAGAACUAAACAGGAUAUACCAGGGCCACCUUACAAUCUCCAGUUCUCGGAGAUCACAAUGACCAGCCUUCGUGUCUCUUGGGAAGCGCCGAAGUCGCGAAACGGUGAAAUAGUCGGUUACAUCGUCACUUAUGAAACGGCGGAGCAAAACGAUCGUUUCAGUAAGCAGGUGAAACAAAAAGUGACAGAAACUAGCUUACUGAUUCAACCUCUGGAAGAGGAGGAGACGUAUACUUUUAUGGUUCGAGCUCAAACCAUUGAUUUUGGUCCGCCUAUAUCUGGGAAUGUGACGACAGGGCCGCAAGAAGGUUCCCCAGUGGCACCUAGCAAUCUUGCUGUUACCAAAACGGUGUCCAGCGUGGAAUUACAAUGGACUAACGGUGCUUCCGGAAAGGGGCCUAUACUGGGGUACUAUAUCGAAACACGUCGGAAAGAUGACAGCCGUUGGCAGACAAUAGUGCGCAGCAGUAACGGGCCAUUGGCGGAAUAUUCUAUUUCCUAUCAAAAUCUGCUUCCAUCCACGUCCUAUCUCUUUAGAGUGAUAUCGUACAAUCGUUAUGGAAUUAGUUAUCCGGCGUAUUCCACGGAAACGAUAUUAACCCCUUCAAAACUAUACCUCGAAUAUGCAUAUCUGCAACACAGGCCAUUCUACAGGCAAACCUGGUUCAUGGUAACCCUAGCUGCAACCUCAAUCAUAAUCAUCAUAAUGGUCAUAGCGGUGCUAUGCGUGAAAAGCAAAAGUUACAAAUAUAAACAAGAAGCACAAAAAACGUUAGAAGAGUCUAUGGCGAUGGACACAGACGACAGACAAGAGUCUGAUUUAGAACUUUAUAGAUCAAGGCAAGGGGGUGGUGCGAUCAACAUGGCUAAUGCUUGCGGUACCUUGGGGAAAAGGAGCACGCUGGCAAGGAAGUCCAUGCAUCCGCCUCCUCCUACGAUGUUAGGUAAAUCACCUCCCAGACCGUCUCCAGCAUCGGUCGCCUAUCACAGCGACGAGGAGAGUCUGAAGGGAUACGAUGAGAAUCCCGACGACAGUAGCGUUACAGAGAAACCUUCUGAAAUUAGUUCAACGGAUUCACAGGGAUCCGAAAGUGAGAAUGAAAGCGUACAAUCGGACCCACAUUCCUUUGUGAAUCAUUACGCUAACGUGAAUGAUUCGUUAAGACAGUCGUGGAAGCGGCAAAAACCAGUUAGAAAUUAUUCGUCGUACACUGACUCCGAGCCCGAGGGUAGUGCUGUUGUCAGCUUAAACGGUGGACAAAUUAUUAUGAAUAAUAUGGCGAGGUCGAGGGCGCCAUUGCCCGGUUUCUCGUCGUUCGUAUAAAUGAUUAAUAUGGAAAACCUUUAAUACCGAGAAAUAUGAAACUUUUAUAAUGUAGAUAAGGUGCCGGUUCAGCGUAACGAUACCAUUCGAGAACGUGUGCCGCGGUAAUUGAAUUACAGUCGAGUUGUGCUGAGUACGAGAUUGGUUGCUAUAUAAUUCAAUGUUAAAAAAUUGUUGACCUACGAAAGGAAUUUCGAAAUCGAUUAGACACGCGAGAAGAGACUGUUUGUUAUAUCUUUUUAUCGUUCCCGUAGACCAAAAGACAGAUUGGUAGAAUUUUAAUGACUCAGCACUGAAAUUUAAUGUACACAGAGUUAAAGACUUACGUUGAAACACGUUCAUAAGUGUUUCACGCACGCUAACACUUCGUAAUUUUAAAUGCUUUUGGCACCACCAUGUUGUGAUAUAUUGAGAUACAUAUUAUUUAUAACGACGCUAGAUAAGGAUCUAAUGUGUAUAAUGAAUAUUUUUUACUUUUAUUAAGUGAAUCUGAAUCAGAAUUGUUCUACGGAUCUCGACUAAUGCAAUAGUUGCAUUUUAUUUCAAUUGGAGGAGGAACGUCGUUCUGAGCCAUUUGUUAAUAUACUCAAAAAGCAAUAGAAUUAAUGUUAUUAGUUAACAUGGAGUGACAUACAGUGUAACGAAAACUGCCAGAAAUAACAAAGUAAUUAUUCAAAUGGAAAGAAACGAUAUUUUGAAUACUUAAUUAAUAUCGGGUGAAUCAGAAAUCCAACUGGAAUUUCUGUUUGCAUUUUUUUAGUAUAAAUUUUUAAAAGAUUUUCUUUAGAACGUUUUAAUUCGAGACAUCGAAUAGAAAGAAAUCAUAUAGGAGGUCAGAAUAGAUUUAUAAAGAAUCAGGCCUAUCAUAUCAAUUUUUAAUGACUUUCAUAUACUAAAGAUAUCUGAGUCUGAUAAUGUUAUUGUAAUGAAUAAAUAGUAAACAUACGGAUGUUUAUGCAGAAUACAGCUGCGUACAUUUCUAAAUAUUUGUAAGGAACUUCUUACGAUAAUAUAUACUGUACAUAAAAGCUUAUAUUAAUUACGAAUUAGUGAUACAUUAUUGAUACAUCUGUACAUUUAGUGCACAGCUUCGCCAAUGUUAGGUAAAAUAUUGUGCUGAACAAUCUAUAGGCAACGUAAUUUAUCUUGGAA